AUGGAAAUUGAAUGUUCAACUUUAUUUAAAAUGGGAGAUAUUUCAGAAAAGUUAAUUGCACAAGCUCAUGACAUGUUCCUCAAUGUUGAUGAACCUUUGGCAGUCCUGUACCAAGAGUUGCGUUAUAUUAGAUCACAAGACAAAACGAGUGAUGAAGGAUACAGCAUCGAUCAACAAGAAGCUCUUGAAAUUCACAGUGAUGAAUAUUUCCAAGACAUGAAUCGUUUUGGCCUUCUUUUAGUAUUCUACAGACUAAGAAUUUUACAUUUUAAUGAAGUUGACAAGACCGUUAAAAUCGUCCAUAACCUAGGGUCACACUAUAAACCAGGUUUUUCUUUGGCUGAAAUCACAAACUUUAAUACUGUUGUACAACAAAUCAUCAGAGAAAGACAAAAAAGAUUAAUGCAAGCUGUCAUUCUCCAAUAA